AUGAAAAAGGCUUACGAGUACUUCUCUAAUAAGCAUCUUAAAAAUCAGAAUCAGCCAACUGAUAGAAAACAUCAUGCAGGCAGUAUCGAUAUCCAUCAACUAAAAAAUAAGGAUAGUCAGCCAAUGCCUAGCAAAAAAGAGAUAAAAGAGCCUUCUGUUAUCAUGAGUUAACAAGUAUCUGGACAAAGCUCUCUUAAAAACUCUAAAAAUGCUAAACCAAGUACAAAUAAUUAGAAUAGUCAGUACAGCUAUUUACUGUAGGAGGCACAGAAGAAUCACAAUGCCAAUCAUGGUAAGGUGAUAAAUCUUCAAUCCUAAUAGUUAGAUGGUGAAGAAUUUGUGAAAAUGAACAGAGUAAAAUCUUAUGGAAAUUUAUCAAGCAAAGCUAGUGCUUAGCAAAAGCUGCAUUAAUAAUAGCUUCUAAAUGGGCAAGUUCCCUCAAAGCAGAUAAUUGGGAAUUACUUCCAUAUCAAUCAAAAUAAUUCAACAAAUAUCAACUAGAACAUAAGUGCAUCAGUUAUUAAUCCUCAUGAUUUAUACAAGCAGGAAAAACUCUCAAGAGAAGAUGCCACAACGCUGCUUCUUCAUUAUUCAAGCAAUUUACAAAAUAAGAGUUUUGAGCCAGAGAGUAUUAUCAGCUCUUAGAGAGAUAGCUCACCCAAAUUUCUACAAAUCAAUCUUAAAAUGUUCAAUAACUAUCUUACUAGCAAUAAUCCAUAGAAUAUAAACACAUCAAAUUAGUUUUAACCGUCAGGUAAUAGAUUCAAUGUCUUAGAUUAGAAAAUAUAUGAAGAUGAAAAUAAUAACAGUAUUUAGAUGAAUAUUCAAAAUCAGUAGUAGUAGAUUACUCCUCAAAUCAUGUAAUUGAUCUAAUAGCACCAAUAAAGUAUUAAUGCCAAGAGUAGCAGUAAGGAAAGGCUUAGGAAAGCAAGAGAUCCAAUCAACAAUAAAAUCACAUAAGAUGACGAUACUUUAAAAAUGAUAUCUUAAGUUUCAAAAAAAUCUAUAGAAAUAUAGCAAUAACUUGAAAAAAAUAAAGUCAAUUUGACUCUUGAUUUUAUUAAUUAACUAAAUAGCAACAGCAGCAUUUAGGUAAAAAAUAAUCAAAAAGUUAGCACAAAAAACAUCCACAAAAUAAAUUAUGAAGACUCUGGGGCAACAUUUCAAAACAAUUUUUCUUAAUCAUCUCUAAAUACUAAUGUUUAAACUGCAAGCUAAACUAUCCAGUAAAGUUCUGGAGAGAAGAAGAGACCUGCUUCUGAAAUAGGUUCAUCAUUGUACAAUAGAUGUUAAAACAAUAUUUAGAACAAUAAAAAUUAAUAAAAACUCAAACCACUCUAUGUUGAAAAACCAUUAAAUGGAUUUUCAAAUAUAACUCAGCAAAAUUCAAUGGCAAAUCUUAACAGACUAGGUUCUUAUAGUAGUUGCAGUUUGCUUCAAGUUGGAGCAAAUGCAGUUAACUCAUAGAGCAUUAUUCUUGAUGAUAGCAAUAUUUAAGACGAAGUGUCUCCAACUAAAAAAAAUCAUGUAACAGUCCUUGUUUCAAUGCUUGACGAAAAGAAUAAGUACAUAAAGCAGCUGCAUAAAAAGAUAGAUAAGCUAAAUGAUAUCAUUGCAAACUACUAACAAAAUAAUACAGUAAAUUAUCAUGAUAGUAUAAAGAGAACUGCUUCUUAUAAUAAGAGUAGAUUUAAAUAAUCAAGUAAUUAAAAAGACCCUUAUCAAAACUCUCCAAGUUUAAGUAAAAGCAGAAGUCAAUAAAACAUAUAAAGAGCAAAGAGUUCAUUAUAAAUAUCAAAUCAACCAUCAAAUAGUAGAAUGAAGCAGAAAUUGAUUGUAAGUUAGAUGAGAUCUUAGGACAAUAACCUUAUGAAUGUAAGUAUUCAUGAAUUGAAUGAAGUAAGUGUGAAUUCUAAUAAACUAGUGAAGCAAAUGGAUAUAAAUAUUAAUAAGGCACUUGAAAAUCUUGAAUCUAUGAAACAAUAAAACUUGAUUAUAUUUAGAGAAUUGUUUUUGAAUGAGCCUAGUUCUACAGGAGAUGAUACUUCUGUUGAACUAAGUAGAGAUGUAUCUUAGAAUCGUUUAGAAAGUUACUACUAAUCGAAUGCAAUUGAAGAAUGUAACUAUAUCUCAGUUGGAGGUAAUGCUAAUGCGAGCUAAGAUGAUAGUUAUUAAGACUACCUUAAUAAUGCUGAUCUAGAUCCUUUGGAAGAUGUAAAGAAGGAAAUCAGUGAAGAUAAGAAAAGGAUAAUUAAAAGCACUUCUAACUUUAAAACAAAGAAAUCUGCUUCAAAUUCGAAAUGUGCUUCUGUAAGAGCUGGUUCUUAAAAGGCUACAGCUCGAGGAGCAGGUUCAUAAUCACAAUUAAAUAAUCAUUCAGUACCUCAAAUCAAUCCAGCAUAGAGCACAUAAAAGAAUCAAAAGUAGUAAAAUAAUUCGUAACUUAAAGUAUAAAGCAGCAACAACACAAAUUUAUAGUAGCAUAAUAGACCACCAACAAGUUCAGCAGUAUAAACUAAGCCAAAGAAAAUAGCUGUAUCAAGUUUGAACAUCGCCAAACAGAAAAAAAUUCCUUAAUAAUCAAUCAGCUCAGCAUGCGAUAACUAUCAGCUGAAUAGUAAUUUCCAAUCUAUUACAACAAUUAGAGAGAUUGAUAAAACUCCAUAAUCAAGCCAGAGUGUUAGUGUAAAUAAUCUACAUCAGUAAUAAUUCUUAGUCGAUUAGCUCAAUCAGUAUAAAGCUCAAGUCAAAGUGAAAGAUAAAAAGCUUGAUAAACACAAGGAAUUUAUAAAUAAAUUAAAGUAGCAACUAGAAAACGUGCUUGUAGAACAUAAGAAACAAGCAGAGCAAUUGGAGAGUUAAAAGAAGGAGCUUAGAGCUCUAAAGUGUAAGCUAUCACUUCAUUGA